AUGGAUGAAAUUGGAAACAUAACCCUGACCGUAUCGGGCGAUCCUGUCCAGUUUCCACUAAUGGGUAGUCCCUGGCCUCCGAUGAUGGUCCUAGGAACCUACUUGGUAUUCGUCCUCAAGGCAGGAAGAAUGAUCAUGGAGAAUCGAAAGCCAUUCGAUCUCCGAGGAGUGAUCAAAGUGUACAAUAUUGUUCAGAUUGUGUACAACAGUGUCGCUCUAAUGGCUGCUCUGUACUUCCUGUUUGUUUUGAAAGCAUACGACCUGAACUGCAUCCAAAGACUGCCACUGGAUCACGAACACAAAAACUGGGAACGUCUUCUGGCGUAUUCGUAUUACUUCAACAAGUAUAUGGAUUUGACUGAGACCCUGAUCUUCGUGAUGCGGAAGAAGUAUCGGCAGGUAUCCUUCCUGCAUGUCUUCCAUCACACCAUCAUGUGUGUUUUCGGAUAUGUGUAUAUUACAUUUAGCGGCUAUGGCGGCUUUCUAUUUCCGGUUUGCCUACUCAACGUGGCGGUGCACAUUAUCAUGUACACCUACUACUAUCUGUCCUCUGUCAGUGCCAAGGUGCAGGCAAGCCUCUGGUGGAAGAAGUACCUCACCAUUGUCCAGUUGGUCCAGUUCUUCCUCGCGAUUUUAUACUUGAUCAAUACCUUGAGGCAACCCAACUGCGAUGCUUCGCGAACGGUGAUCUACAUGAGCAUGCUACUGGGAGUAGCCUUUAUUAUGCUUUUCGGUAACUUUUACGUCAAAGCCUACGUACUUCCCGGCAGGAGGAAAUCCCAGGCGAAGGUGCAGUAG